AUGGCCAAGGACCACGCUCUAGAGUCGAAGAGAAAGCGCCUGACAUGGAUCCUAGGCGUCACCGGCCUCUGCAUCCUCUUCUACACCAUGGGAUCCUGGCAGAACACCACCAACAACCCUCCCAAACCCCAAUCCGACAUCAAAACCAAAUCCGAAUGCGAAACCCCCGCAACCAAAAACAUCAACAAUCUCACAUCCUCGCCAAUCAAACUGGAUUUUGAGAGCCAUCACCAGAUCCAGAUAAGCGACGAAAGCUUGACGAGCAGCAAGGACGAAUUCCCGCCCUGCGAGAUGUCCUACAGCGAGUACACGCCCUGCCAGUACCCGCCCCGUGGGAGGAAGUUCGACAGGGAGAUGCUGAGGUACAGAGAACGGCAUUGUCCGACGAAAGAGGAGCUGUUGUUCUGCUUGAUACCGGCUCCGCCGAAGUACAAGACGCCGUUCAAGUGGCCGGAGAGUCGGGAUUAUGCGUGGUAUGAUAACAUUCCGCACAAGGAGCUGAGCAUUGAGAAGGCCGUGCAGCAUUGGAUUCAGGUGGAGGGGGAGCGGUUCAGGUUUCCCGGCGGUGGGACCAUGUUCCCGCUCGGCGCCGAUGUGUAUAUUGAUGAUAUCGACCGGCUCGUCCCGCUCGGUGAUGGGAAUAUCAGAACCGCCAUCGACACGGGCUGCGGCGUUGCUAGUUGGGGUGCAUACCUGUUGAAGAGAGACAUAUUGGCAAUGUCUUUCGCCCCAAGAGACACUCAUGAAGCCCAAGUCCAGUUUGCCCUAGAAAGAGGAGUUCCAGCCAUGAUCGGCGUCAUGGGCUCACAGAGGCUUCCUUACCCAGCAAGAGCUUUCGACAUGGCUCACUGCUCCCGCUGCUUGAUACCAUGGUUCCAAUACGAUGGGCUUUAUCUGAUCGAAGUGGACAGAGUGUUGAGGCCCGGUGGUUACUGGAUCCUCUCUGGGCCUCCGAUCAACUGGAAGAAGUACUGGAAAGGGUGGGAGAGGAGUCAGCAGGAUUUGAAACAGGAACAGGAUGCCAUUGAGGAUGUAGCCAAACGACUGUGCUGGAAGAAAGUGGCUGAGAAGAAUGAUCUCUCGAUAUGGCAGAAGCCCAUUAACCACUUUGAGUGUGUACAGAAUCGGAAGGUCUACAAGACUCCUCAUAUGUGCAAGUCCGACAACCCGGAUGCAUCAUGGUACAAGAACAUGGAGAUAUGCAUAACUCCACUACCAAAGGUAAACGGACCCGACGAAGUCGCCGGCGGCGCGCUAGAGAAAUGGCCGGACCGGGCCUUCGCGGUCCCGCCCAGGAUCUCUACCGGCUCGAUACCGGGAAUCACGGUCGAGAAUUUCAACAAAGACAACGACUCGUGGAAGGAGAGGUUGCGCCACUACAAGCAGAUCAUCAACCCUCUCGCUCAAGGUCGGUACCGCAACGUCAUGGACAUGAACGCAUACCUCGGCGGGUUCGCCGCCGCGCUGAUCAAGUACCCCGUGUGGGUCAUGAACGUCGUCCCCACCGAAUCGGAUCGAGACACUCUGGGCGCGAUCUACGAGCGAGGGUUCGUCGGUACAUACCAGGACUGGUGUGAGGCCUUUUCCACAUAUCCAAGAACAUACGAUCUCAUUCAUGCUGGUGGCGUUUUCAGCCUCUACCAGGACAGGUGCGACGUUAAGAUCAUUCUGCUGGAGAUGGACAGGAUCCUGAGGCCGGAAGGGACGGUGAUAAUCAGGGAUACCGUGGACGUGCUGGUGAAGGUUCAGAGCGUUACGAGUAGGAUGAGAUGGAAGAGCCAGAUUAUGGACCACGAGAGCGGGCCGUUUAACCCGGAGAAGAUCUUGGUUGCCGUCAAGACAUAUUGGACGGCGAAAGAGCAAGAGUUGCCGAAACAAUGA